CGGAGGGGCGGGUGCACCUGCGGGAGAGCGCGGCGGCCGGCUGUGGCGCUGCGCCGCCCGCCGGGACGGGAAAACCCAGGGUCCCUGAGAGUGGCGUCCAGCGGCGGCGGCUGAUGGGAAAAGACACCAUGGCCCACAGCCCCUGAGCUGAAAGGGGCCGGACCGAGGUCGGCAUGGGCCCGGAGCUGCCCGCGCCGUGGCUGCUGCUCCUCACCUGGCUCCCAGGAGGAUGCCUGUCCUUGCUGGUGACAGUCCAGGACACAGAACGCUAUGUUACCCUGUUUGCCUCCGUUACCCUCAAAUGUGACUACACCACCUCCGCACAGCUCCAGGACGUGGUUGUGACAUGGCGUUUCAAGUCCUUCUGCAAGGACCCCAUCUUUGAUUACUUCUCUGCCUCAUACCAGGCAGCAUUAUCUCUGGGCCAAGACCCCUCCAAUGACUGUAAUGAUAACCAAAGGGAAGUGCGCAUUGUGGCCCAGCGGCGGGGUCAGAACGAGCCAGUGCUGGGGGUGGAUUACCGCCAGCGCAAGAUCACCAUCCAGAACCGAGCAGACCUUGUGAUUAAUGAAGUGAUGUGGUGGGACCACGGAGUAUAUUACUGCACCAUUGAGGCUCCAGGGGACACAUCUGGAGACCCAGACAAGGAGGUGAAGCUCAUCGUCCUGCAUUGGCUGACAGUGAUCUUCAUCAUUCUGGGAGCUGUCCUGCUGCUGCUGCUAAUCGGAACAUGCUGGUGCCAGUGCUGCCCACAGUACUGCUGCUGCUACAUCCGCUGCCCCUGCUGCCCCACGCGCUGCUGCUGCCCCGAGGAAGCCCUGGCCCGCCACCGCUACAUGAAGCAAGCUCGGGCCAUAGGUCCUCAGAUGAUGGAAAAACCCCAGUUCUGGGGUUCGGACAGGAGCUCCCAGGUCUCAUCUUAUGCAAUGAACCCGCUGCUGCAGCGAGAUUUGUCCUUAAGAACCAGUCUCCCACAGAUGCCAGUGACUCAAGCUGCUGCUCACCCUCCCAUCACCAAUGGUGUCCUAGAGUUUUUGGAGAAAGAACUGCGGAACUUCAACCCAGCACAGCCUCUGCCUAUGGACCUCAAAGCCAGAUCUGGCCACCCCUGCAGCGUGCUGUCCUCCCUGGGCUCUGAGGUUGUGGAACGCAGAAUCAUCCAACUGCCGCCACUGAUCAGAGAGCAGCCAUCCUCGAGAAAGACCAGCGACCCAUUGCACCAGCAGUGGCUCAGCUCAGCUCCCUCCAGACCCUGGUAUCUGAGGGAGGGGAGAAGGCAGCAUCAUUACCCUGAUUUCCGCCAGGAGCUCCAGGACCGAGGGUCAUCCUGGACAUCUGCAAGGAGGGAGCUGGAUCCACCAGGGAGGGGACGGCACUGCUCCAGGCGGCAUGGGUCACCUGCAACCUGGUCAGACCCAGACAGCCUCAGUGAUGGUCCCUUGUCCAGUGAGGCGCAUUGGAGGCCCAGCCAUUCUCAUCUCAGGGGCCACCACAGGGACAGGCCCCGCAGGGCUAGCCCGGAGGAGGAUGGCCGGAGGGCCAGGAGACGCCGGCCCCGCAGCUACUCCCCUCCCGUGCCCUCUGGUGUCAGCUCCUGGAGCUCCGAUGAAGAGAAGGAGACACUGCCCAGACACUGGGGGUCCCGAAGGCGCCGCAGCCGCUCCCGUUCUCCCAACUGGCCUGAGGAGAAGCCACCCAGCUACCGCUCACUGGAUGUCACUCCAGGCAAGAAUGGCAGGAAAAAAGGGAGUGUGGAGAGGCGCUCGGGGAGAGAGAGCUCCCAUAGUGGGAGGAGUAUGGUCAUUUAGUCACCGAGCACAGCACUGCUUCUGUGGCAGCUUCUCACUUCCUGUGUGUCAUCAGCAGCAUCCAGAUGUCCAGCUGAUUUCAGAGAGAUGCUGCAAUCUACGUAACAACUUCGGCUUCAAUUCUGAGAAUCAAAUAGAAGAAUUUUAAAAACAAGAUCAAAGAAUUGGUGACUAGCCUUGGCCUCAGCUCACAGUCUCUAACUAUUUAUUGUCUUUGGUGUAUAAUGGAGCCUAACUGGGAUGUGAUCCCUCAGUUGCUUGGUAGCUUUUCUAUAAGUAGGUCACGGUGGUUGGCACCAUGGCAGUUUUCAAAACGAGAACUUAUGAAUUGUAUUGAUAGGUUUUCUGUUGUUGGAACAAAAUAUCUUGUAUGUACAGCUUAAGAAGAAAAGAUGUAUUUUUUUGGCUGAUGGUUUUAGAGAUUUCAGUCCAUGAUCAGCUGGGUCUGAGGCAAAAACACCAUGGAGGAGGAGGACAAGGAGGAAAGCUGUGCACCUCAUGGCAAGCAGGAAACAGAGAGAGACAGGAGAGAAGGAGGGGAGAAGGGAGAGGGUAUGGGAGAGGGGAGAUGACAGGAGAGGGGAGAGAGGAGAGAGCCGGAGAGGAAAGUGUCUGAACACAAGAAUAUGCCCUUCUGGGUUAUGCCCCUAGUGAGCGGCUUCGUCUGACCAGGCCUUGUCUCCAAUAGCACAUUAAGUUAUGGACUCGUCAGUGGGUUAGCUAAUAAGGGAAUAAGGUUAGAGCCCCUUAUUCCCUUCCAAAAAUCUCACCUCUGAACACCUGAGCCUUUUGGGGGACAUUCUUGUGUAAACCAUGGCAGGAAACUUUAAGAAGUCAAACAUGUUUGUUUGUUUUUUUUUAUUUUAAAGAGAUUAAGAUAAAAGAGGACGUAACAAAGCAGAUCAGAACAGAACAAUUUAAGCAACACAGUAUUUCACAAGACAAUCCAAUAUAUUAGUAGCUACCAUAAUGUCUCUUUCCUUGAAAUAGUGGAGUAUACCCUCAUACCCAAUAGUAUCAAACAUAACAAAAUAUGUAAAACUAUUAAAGAGAAUGAAAGUAUUACAGGACAUUCAGAACCAAAUAACAGAAAACGAAAAGUGGUUGCUAUAUUUUCUCAUUGUCCAUAAAAGACACAACAUGAUAGAACCAAUGGAAACAGAAGAACAAAAGCAUGGUAGGACUUCAAAUCAAGAUGA